AUGCCUGCCCCCCUCCGGACGCAAGUGAAAGACGAACAAGCCAGCCUGCGACACUGGACGGAGAAAGAAACACUUCUGGUCAAGCGAUACAAUGUCGGUGACUGCAGGGGCAGUAAGGAAACAUGUCAGCGGCGCCUUGGUGGGCUCGAACGCGAUCUCGCGCGGGAGCGUGCUAUUCAGGAGAGGACUGCCUUGCCUGGCGAGAUCGCAGAGAACAUCAUUCGGCUUGAGCGUGACGACCGGGCUAAGAAGGCGAACCCUUACAGAUCCUAG